CUGACGUUUUUGAUUCCCAGUCGUCAUGAGCAGCAAGUGGGUGCCGUACAAGCCGUUCAAGCUCGACGCGUACUUGUCGCCGGAGCUCCGUGACAAGCUUCGCAAGCUGUUGGUCUUCAACGUCCAGACGGGCUUGGACCAGGACAAUCAGUCUCCAUCGGCUGAGCAGAACUUUCGCUACCCUUCGCCGGCCAGCCAGCCCGUCCAGGCACAUAUCCCCAACACGACCAAGAAGAGCAUUUACAGCACCCAGUACUACACGCGCGAUGCUCGCCGCCACGCUAAGUUCAACGAAGUGAAUGUCGGCUUCCAUCCUUCUCUCGGCAUCAAGCCGCUCGCCAAGUUGCCUGCGGACACCCCUUUGGGAAGCCCCGGUAACAAGAACCCAGCCGUGUUGGCGUAUGACCCCACCGGGACCCGCUCUGCGAUGACCACCACUCAUGCGGCUCGCGAUGCCUUGAUCGAAGCCACUGCUGAUCUGGAAUCCUCUCAAUGCGUCAAGUUUGAGUGGGAAGGUCAUGAGGACGAAAUUGUGGCCGAGUACGAACGCAACGGCACCCCUCCGGUGCCCGGCCGUCCGUACCCUUGGGACAUGCCUGCUCAAUCCCGCAUUGAGCGUUGGUAAACUUGGGUUAACAUUGCACGCCUGAUUUGAUUGUGGUACGAGGUCAACGUGUAUCUGUUCAACGACUUAAAUAAGAAGUCCAAGGUCAAUGAUGGCUUGACGGACGUCUGCUAUGCUGACUUGACCUCUGCGAGAGUUGACUGAAGAAGAGAAGGUCUUCGUCGUCUUCGUCGGCGAUCUGUUGGCUUUGCGAUGGGUGCUUCUGUGACGCAUGAACGAGCUUAUCCGUGAGGUUCUUUGGAACUUCGACGUGGGGCGGGCCACGAGCAAAUGCGACGCGUGCCACCAUCUGCGAUUCCUUCGCCUCGUAGUCUUGUUGCAUCUGCGUUGCUGCGAACGUCGCCUCAUCAGGAGUAGCAAAGGUUACGUAGCAAAACCCCGUCGCUUGCAAGUCCCGAAGGUCUCUGUUAACAUCCAAGCUGACUACGGCUCCAUAUUUGGCAAAGUACUCCUGUGCCUUCUUUUCAGCCAAGAGCCACGCCGGAACAUGCCCAACGAACAAGCGGCGGCUGAUCGAGUCGUCCACCAUCUCGGUUGUGGUUUGGGUGCUGGAUGAAUUGAA